UGCACUUGACAUGAGCUGCAUACUAGCUAGAGCAGGCUGCAAAAAUGGAUCUGCGGCUGGUGCUCCUUAUGAUUGUUAUUCUGCUAGAGUCUCCACAAGGGAGCAGCUCUCAAUCACCCUCAGGGCCAAUGCAAGACAUCAGAAGCAACCACACUUGUGACUUCGAGUCUCUGAGCAGCUGUGGAUGGACUAUCAGUGAGAGUGAUGCUCAGGGGACCAGUGGGAUAUCCACGCCGCAGUUACGGCCUACAUUGAGUCCAUCUGUGGAUGCAUCAGGAAACCAAAGUGGUCAAUACUUCUAUUUUUCAUCAAGUACCCUCUCAGAAUCAAAAAGAAUCCUCCAUUUUCCCUCAUACAUUCUAAUUUGUGGCAUAUCUUUCUCACACUAUGUCAGUGGUCCUCUCGACGUUGGCCUGCUCUUUGAGAACUAUGUCUAUCGUUCACUGUACAUGACCCAGGCACCCAAUGAUACUACUAAUGCUGUUUGGACGAGAGAAACACUUAGCUUCAACACAUCCGAACCAUUUGAGGGGUCUCUCUACUUUGAAGUGUCUCCGUAUGAUUUUGGAGAAGCACCGAUGGAGCCGGGUGGCUACGAUCUUUUUCUUGGGCUGGAUGAUAUCUCCCUCACUUUUUGUCUACCUUGUGACUAUGAUGCUCUAGACAAUCCGGGCGGUCUUGGUCUGAUGGGAGCAAAUGAUAUAACUGUACGUUUGCGUGUCACUUCAAAGGAAAUUUACAAUGGGUCGUCUUCAGUAUGUCCCAAUCAGCCAUUGCAAUACAACAUUGAAUCAGUCGAGCCCCCACAGGUGGCUAGCGUAUUCUCUCUGGAUGCAAUGACAGGAGUACUGUUAAUUCAAGCCCAAGGACCUGGCCUCGAGCCCAGUGGUGUACAGAAUGGAAGACUGGAAAUAAGUAUCCACAUCCCUGGCUCCAACUAUAGCAACAUUUCCCCUGCUGUUCACCACUCCAUGAUGAUCUCCUUCUCCCAGCCUCCCACCAUCACACACACAGCUCCACCCACCCUCUCUGUGCAAGUCGGAAUCAUCUUCUCUUAUCAAUUCACUGUUUCUUCAGCUCUCGGGCAGACAUUGAAUUUCGGUGAACUAACAACUGAUCCUCAAGGCUUGGUGGACAAUGUGAGCAUUGCUAUUGCUGGUACAGAAGCUACCGUGUCUGGAAUGAUAUCUUUGAGCAGAGAUCUUCCUAUAAUACUCGAGAAUAAUACAAGUCCUUCGAUAUCUAUUCCGAUAAUAGACACAUAUGGUGGUGUCCUUGUUGCAAGUACACAACUAGUGAUUGAACAGAGUGCUCCACUUUUCAAUCAGGAUUAUUACGAAUUUAGUACCGUGGAGGGUAGCACUGGCGUUAGGUUGGGUCCCAUUCCAAUCGCAGAUCCAAAUGGGAACUCUAUCAACCUUCCAGUAAUCGUUGAAGAUGUUGAAUCGAAACUUUUUAGAGUCAUCUUCGGACAGGCUGCAGGAAUAUUUACGAAUGUGCUUCUUUUGGCAGAUUUGACAUUGGAUUAUGAGCGGUUUCAAGAGUUUAACUUCCACAUAACGGUUCAAGACGCAGAUAACAGCUCUCUCUCCUCCCAAGCUACUGUGAAAGUCAUUGUUAUCCCUGUGAAUGAGUUCUCUCCAGUAUUUCAGACAACAGCAGACUAUUCCCUGGAUAUCAGUGAUGUUGAGCCUCGAGGUCACUUUGUAGCUGAAUUCCUUGCGCAAGAUCAUGACAAUGGCAUUGAUGGUGACAUCACAUACUCCAUCACUGCUGGAAAUGAUGAGGGAUUCUUUGAGAUAGCCGUACCUUCUUUUGGAGAUGUGACUGUGGCACGAUCACCCAUUCUUCCUCAUACUUACACUCUGACCAUCACGGCUACCGAUGGUGGCAGUCCAUCUCUCUCAACAGAUGCAGCACUCACUAUAAGAGUAGUGGCUACUCACACUAUUGACUGCACAGAGCCUCAGUUUGGACCUCCCAUCAUCACCUCAGACCCACUGUCUUCGAGGGUAAUGGAAGUUUCAGUUGCUACAGAAAUCUCGCUGUCUUGUGAAUAUUUUGCCAACCCGAUAGCGAGGGUAUACAAAUGGGUGCACAUCGAUGAGCGCACUAUUCUGGAGUCGAGUGAUCAUUAUACUGUGAAUCAACAUUCGCUGGUUGUGCAUAAUCUGACUAUAGAAGAUGCUGGUGUGUAUGACUGUAAUGUCACCAACCAGUGUGGGAAUCGUACACUUGGCUACUUAGUGAAUAUCAUUGAUUAUCCGGACCCUCCUCUGAACCUAGAAGUUAUUUCUGGCCCCGACAUGACCUCUGCCACGAUCAUCUGGGACUCUCCCUCAACGAGUUCCCAUCCCAACCCAUAUGUUCUUAAACCUCUUGACAGCUUUGAGGUGUGGGUACGCCAUGCAGAUGAGGAAGACUACCAGACGCUUUCCUCAGUUGAUUCAAACGUACUCAGAGUGAAUGUGACCGGACUCCACCCUGGGACCUUCUACUGGAUGGUGGUAGCCUCCAUUAACACAGCUGGCUCUAGUCUCUCGAAUGCCAUCAACAUCACUACACUGUCAUCUGUUCCCAAGCUUCACUAUCUUCGAGCCACUGAGCAGUCCAACCAGUCCAUCCUCAUUGAAUGGGACCUACAGUACAGCGGAGGGUCUUCCAUUGUGUCCUUUGAGAUUCACGUAAUCUUGCAAGAGCAUCGAGUCAAGAGAGCAACUCCUGACCUCAUCUACCACGUUAGUGUGACCUCUAGUCAACUCGUAACUAGGAGCUUGCAAAGUGGACAUAGCUAUAUUGUUAUGGCAACACUGUACAACAGUCUAGGCUCAAGCGAUGAAUAUGCAAACGUAUAUAUCGGACCUAAAGAUAACCUGUUUUGUGAUUUUGAAACCCCUGAUUGCUUCUGGCAACUUAACGCUGGUGUCAUAGCAACAGCUGAAAGUACCCCUGUGACUUUCGUAAACGAAGACUCAGCUGGGAAUUCAUUUGGUCAUUUUGUUUUGGCUGAGUUAAGUGCUGGCGAGGAGACCGUUGGCAUCUCGUAUACCAAAGCAUGGUAUGUGUGUGGAUACUCAUUCUCUUAUCAACUAAGCGAUGAUGCCGUACUGAGUCUGCGUAGUACGUCUGGAAAUGUGGUAUGGUCUAGCUCCAUGGCCACCAGUGGGUGGGUCGGUGUGAGGAGCAAUGGUGAACAGUUUGUCACUAGUAGUCAAGAGGAAGAAUUGCAAUUUGUACUGCAAGGAACUGGUGCUGCCACUGUUGCUAUAGAUAAUGUAGAGCUCCAGUUUUGUCUACCUUGCGACUUUCCUCAACUCCAAAAUAUUGGACUCAAUUUGACGUAUCCCUCUGAUGUUGAUUUGUUCCUGAGGACUGAGCAAGUGCUAUCACUGUCUGCAGAUCUACUGGAUUGUUCAUCUGCUCUCUUGGAAUUCUCAUUGAUAAGAGUUAUUCCCAGUGAGUUGGAGCCCAGCUUCAGUGUGUCACCAGAGUCUGCCCACGCUGCAUCCAUCUUCAUCAGUGCUAUCCCCUCUGAUAGAGUGCUACCUCACACUCCUGGAUACAUAGAGAUCUCAGCUUCUGUAGUUAACUCUGACUAUCACCCUGACAACAGUCGUAUUGAGACAACAGUGCUCAUAGAGUUCAUCCUCUUGUCGGCCAGUGAAAACUGCUCGUUGCCUCGGGGCUGUGACUUUGAGGGGGAGUGUGGAGAGUGGAAUGUGGGGAGUGGUGUACGACAGCUGACCGGAGCAGAGGCACCUGUACCAGCACUGGCUUCUAAUCAAGGCAACUUCCUCUAUGGUGAUUACACAUCCACCACUCUCCCCUCGAGCACGGUCACCUCGUCUCGUAUCGGAGACACCUACUGUGCCAUCUCCUUUUCCUACUCUGCAUCAUCCUCGUUAGAGCUGGCGGUAUCUGUGGGAGGCAUUGGUCAGGUUUGGACCAGUCUACUAGCGACAGCUGCUAACUCAGUGGACUGGAGCUACGAGGUGGUCUCCAUCGAUCUGAACUCUGUUAGCUUGUCAAGUGAGAGAGAGUUGACAUUCUCUGUUGGACAGUCUGGUGAGGGGGAGAUGGACGCUUCACUCCCUGUGUAUGUGGCAUUGGACAACAUUACAGUGCAUCCGUGCAUCGACUGCAACACUCCAGAGUGUGUUUUCACCACCUGCACACCUGGACGAUACUUUGCGUUGGGAGAGGAGAGUUGUGUCACCUGCCCCCAAGGCUACUACUGUCCUGAUUGGAGGAACUUCCCCAUUCCUUGCCCUCCUGGGACGUUCAGCGAUGUGGAGAAUGCAGCAUCAUCGAGUGUGUGUGUGACCUGCCCUAGCGACCGCUACUCUCUGACUCCUGGCUCUACCUCAUGUGAGGCAUGUCCGCCUGGUUACAGCUGUUUGGACUCCGCCCACUUACCUGUGGCCAACGAUCAAUGCUCAACAGCAAUUACACCAACAACAGCUCCAAUGCUGACAGUGAUUGUUGGGGCAGGUGCUGGGGGCGUGGCACUGUUACUGUGUCUGUUGCUCUCCUGUGUGGUAGCUUGCUGGUGCUACAAGUCCAGGAAAGGAAACAACAAGAGAAAGAAAAAUGCAAGAGUUCGACUACUUGGAGAGGAUAUGAUGAGUAUUGGCAGUGCUGGGUCCUCCCUGGGCAGGAGCAGUAUGGCCACCAUGAGCACAUUCGAUAGUCAUGGUCGACGUUGGAAGAAGGGAAGAGAUGUCUCUACACUCAUGUCUUUCUUAAGUGAUGAUGAUGAUGGAGGUGGUGGUGAGGCAUCUUGGGACGACACAGAGCAACUGACCAAACCCCCGGGAAAUGGUCAUGUGAUAUCAGGGGGGGAUGAUCGCCCGACAGUGUUCAAGAACAGCGCUUUGGAGGGAGGGAAUGAACUACAACUAGCUGAUUAUGACAACCAUGAUGGAGACCAGGGCAAUAGAUCAGCAGCAAACACGUCACACUUCUAGUCUAUAAUACAAUAUCAUAGCGCUUUAAUUGAUAUCAUUAUUGUGCUAAUUGCCCUUCACAGUGAAAAUAUUAUACAUGUAUGUACACAUGUUCAGAUAAGUAAAUAUUUACACCUAGAAGGUGUGUUUCUAUUUGCACAAACGUAAAAAAAUAUACUCAUAAUAAUCGGCUAAUGUUCAGUGCCGUUGUUCACUUCAUGCAUAAUCUGAGAUACUAGUUCAGAAUGUGAGCGGUUCUCUUCACUCGUUUCUUUCAGACAGU